AUGGGGAGAGAAGGAGGCCGCCAGGCUGACCCCGACGCCUGGGUCCCCUCCCUCCUCGCUCCUCUCCCCCAAGGCAGGGGCAGUAGCGGGGCCGAAUGGCCCCCCAAACCUCCGAGUCUUCCGCCUCUGCCUCCUCGGCACCUCCGCCCCUGCUCCGUGCUGGGCUCCAGACGUCAGCCCCUCUUCGGGGGUCUGCGCUCUGGGGCCGCCGGGUUUCCCCCUUUGGAGAAGGAGAAGGCUGAGCUGAGCACGCACAAAGCUUCUCUACUGGUUCUCCCAUCCUGGGACUGUGCUGCUUUCGAAGCCCCAUCACUCCUCUCACCUCCCACUAAGCCCAGUGAGACAGCAGGGGGCUGCCGGCACGCUCUGGGACCCGGAGGGCGGGGGGAGGUCCCAGAGCCCCCCUCCUCUGGGCGCCUGAUGGCCACAGGGCUCUCCACCUGCCCAACCCCCGCCGCAGGCACGGCCCCUCCCCCGCUGCCCCGGUGGUGGCCGGCGGCCCCCCGGCUGCCAGCCUUCAGACUGGAGUCCCUGAAGCGCUGGACAGAGGCUCGGGGCCUGUGGUGUGAGAAGGGCGUCCAGGUGCUGCUGACCACGGUUGGUGCCUUCGCCGCCUUCGGCCUCAUGACCAUCGCCAUCAGCACCGACUACUGGCUCUACACCAGGGCCUUCAUCUGCAACACCACCAACCUGAGCGCCUCUGCCUCCGAGGACCCCCCGGCCCGAGGGCCCGGCGGGGUGGCGGAGAAGAGGGACCCUGGGGGGCUGACCCACUCGGGCCUCUGGAGGAUCUGCUGCCUGGAAGGACUGAAGCGGGGUGUCUGUGUGAAGAUUAAUCACUUCCCAGAAGACACAGAUUACGACCAUGACAGUGCAGAGUACCUACUCCGUGUGGUCCGAGCAUCCAGCAUCUUCCCCAUUCUCAGCGCCAUCCUCCUGCUGCUGGGGGGCGUGUGUGUGGCUGCCUCUCGAGUCUACAAGUCCAAGAGGAACAUCAUCCUGGGGGCCGGCAUUCUCUUUGUAGCCGCUGGUGAGGGCCGAGGAGGGGGCACGGGGCGGGGCCCGCAACAGCGCGGAGGGGAGGGGCCUAGAGUCUCGGGAUGA